AUGAAAUUCAUUGGUAUCUAUACUGAACUAGAUAAUUUAUAUUCAUCAAUUCAAGAACACAUUGAACUUGAUAAUGAAUUAUUUCAAGAGUUCAGUUUCUUUGAUCAAUCAGAAUAUUCAACACAAGAUCUGUCGAAACAAACUUCUGAUUUAUUUUGGUUUCAACUUGUUAAUAAUAUUAUUUUAGAAUAUUCACAUAAUCAAUUAGUCAAAAAUGAAAUGAUCGGUUUAUGUCGUCAAUAUUAUCAAGAUAAUUUAAAUAAUUUGAAAUUAAUUGAUGAAUUCGAACAUGAAUAUCAUUCAAAUAAAGUUAUUCAAUGGUUUUUGAAAAGAUCAUUUCCUUAUAAAAUGAUUAAGAAAGCAUUACAAACAAAAGAUAUGGAUCAAUUGAAUACAUUGAGAUAUUUUAUGAGCGAUCUUAUACAAUGUUUUGUAAGUCAACCUCAUAAUACAAUUCAAUAUGAAAAAGAAAAUCUUAUUGUUUAUCGAGGAAUCAAAUUAUCGAAAGAACAACUUGAUGAAUUCAGAAAAAAUCAAGGAAAACUUCUCUUAAAUAAUGGAUUUUUGACAGUAACUCAAUCUCGUUCAAAUGCAUUGAAUUUUGCUAGAGAGUCAACACAACAAAUAAAUGUUGUUGCUGCAAUUUUAGAAAUUGAAUGUAAAUCAAAAGAUUUCGGUAAAAGUAUUAUCUUUACUGACAGAGACAAAUCUAAAGGCUUGUCUAAUCAAGAUGAUGUUAUUUUCAAUUUAAAUGUCACGUUUCAUUUGGAUAAAGUUGAAUUUUAUGAAAAUAUCUGGAUUAUUAAAUUGAGUACUUCGAAUGAAGGAGAAAUUAUUUUAGAAAAAUAUAUUAAUGAUACACGUCAACAAAUUGGAAAUCUUAACAUUGAACUUAUAUUUGGACGUCUUAUGUUAGAUAUGGGUCAAUGGAAUCAAUCACAAAAAUAUUUUGAACGUUUAUUAAUCGAUUCAAAUGAUAAAAAUCAAGCAUGGAUAGAAUAUAGUCUUGGUGAAAUUCAUCAUUUGAAAGGAGAAUGGAUUGUGGCACGUAAAUAUUAUGAUUGUGCUUAUGAUCGAAUGAUGAAUCCGAAACAAAUGUAUAUCAAAGAAUCCGCUAAAAUACUUUCCGAUAUUGGAGAACUUCUUUAUGCUGAAGGAAAGUUUGACGAAGCCAUGAAUUUUCAUGAAAGAGCAUUACAAAUCCGAAAAGAAUAUUAUUCUUCUGAUCAUCCUCAUAUCGCUCAUAGUCUACGUAAUAUUGGAGAUAUUUUCUAUAAACAAGACAAAUACGAUGAAGCAUUUGUUUAUUUUCAAGAAGCACUUACGAUUUUGGAGAAAUAUUACAAUAGUUUUCAUGUUGAUAUUGCUAAAUGUUUGUCGUCUAUUGGACAUUAUUUUCGUGAACAAAGAAAUUAUGAUAAAUCUCUUGAAUCUUAUCGACGAUCUUUAGCAAUCUAUGAAAAAUACUAUCCUUGUGGUCAUGUAUGUAUUGCUUUGACACUCAAUAGCAUUGCAGAUAUUCUUUGCGGACAAGAUAAAAAUGAUGAAGCUUUGAAUACUCAUGGUCGAGCGCUGGCAAUGCACAAGCAAUUUUUUCAAUUUGAUCAUAUUGAUAUUUCUAAAUAUUUGUGUAUUCUUGGUCAUAUUUACUCUGGACAAGGACAUUAUGAUACUGCUUUAGAAUCCUAUCAGCAAUCAUUAGCAGUAGCGAAACAAUAUUUCUUCUCUGGUCAUACUGAUAUUAUAUGUCUUUCGCAUAAUGUUGGUGUUGCUUUUAAUAACUUAGAAAACUUUGAUGAUGCUAUGAACUUUCAUCGUCAAGCACUUGCUAUGGAAGAAAAAUAUUAUCCAUCAUUUCAAGCUAAAAUAGCACAGACAUUCAUAUGUAUCGGAGAAGUUCUAAGAUGUCAAGAGAAAUAUGAAGAAGCUUUAGAUUAUUAUAAACAAGCAUUAGUGAUGCAAAAGAAUUAUUAUCCUUUAGGUCAUGUGAAUAUAGCUUUUACACUUCAAGGUACAGGUACUAUAUUAUCCCAACAAGAAAAAUACAAUGAAGCUUUGGAAUUCCAUAAGCAAGCAUCAAUCGUGCUCGAAAAACAUGGUCCAUGUAAUCUAAGUGACAUCGCUUUUAAUUUGAUUGGUAUUGGUCAUAUUCUAAGUAAUCAAGAAAAAUUCGAUGAAGCCAUAGACUAUUAUCAAAGAGCAUUGGACAUUCAAAAGAGUUAUUAUUACACGGAUCAUCCCAACAUUGCUGAUACAUUUAAUAGCAUUGGUAAUCUACUCUAUCAUCAAAAGAAGUAUGAUGAAGCCAUGAAGUUUCAUAAAAAAGCAUUAGAGAUUCAAGAAAAAAAUUAUCCUACAGGACAUAUCAAAAUUGCUACUACAUUCAAUGAUAUCGGUCACGUACUGAAGGAUGAAACGAAGUAUGAUGAAGCACUUGACUAUUAUCAACAGGCGGAUUCACUACUUGUAAAAUUUGGAAAUUGUUAUCCCUCGGAUCAAUUACAGAUUGCUUUUAAUUUAAGUUACAUUAGUGAUACUCUAUAUUUACAAGAAAAGUACCAAGAAGCUGUUGAAUAUCAACAACGUGCAUUAUCAAUAAAAGAAAAAUACUUACCAUCUAUUCAUAACCAAAUUAUUACAAGCUGCAUAAAGAUUAGUCGUAGUUUACGUAGUCAAGAAAAAUAUGCCGAUGCACUUGAAUUUCAACAACGAGCUUUAGCAAUUCAAGAAAAAAUCGAACCAUUUAAUCACACAAAUAUAGUUGAACGACUUUGUGAUAUUGGUAACACUUUCUUCAACCAAAAAAAAUACGACGAGGCUCUUGAUUUUUAUCAACGAGCAUUAGACAUGAAAGAAACAUCGGAUUCAUCUAAUCAUAGCUACAUUAUUGCUCUACUCAGCAACAUUGGUGAGAUACUUAAACGGCUACAAAAACAUGACGAGGCACUUGGAUUUAAGAACCGUGAACUCAAAAUGCGAGAAACUCAUUUUUCGUCAAACCAUCAGGAUAUCGCCGAUAAUCUUAAUGACAUUGGUAUUAUUUUGCACGAGCAAGAAAAAUAUGAUGAAGCCCUUGAUUUUUAUCAACGAGCAUUAGAAAUGAGAGAAACAUUCGAUCCAUCUGCACAUCAACGUAUCGUUGUUAUACUCGACAACAUUAGCUAUACAUUGAAGGAUCAAGAAAAAUAUGAUGAAGCUCUCGAUUUUCUAAAGCGAGCACUCGAAAUACGAGAAACUCAUUGUUCAUCCAAUCAUCUACAAAUUGCACAUAAUCUCAAUGAUAUCGGUAUUAUCCUCUUCAAUCAAAAAAAACACGACGAAUCCAUUACUUUUUAUCAACGAGCUUUAGAGAUUAGAGAAACAUUCGAUCCAUCUGGUUAUGAAGGCAUUGUUGUUAUGCUCAGUAACAUUAGCCAUGCACUUAAGCAAGAGAAAAGAUACGAUGAUGCAUUAUCUUUUGUAUAUCGAGCUCUUAACAUACGAGAAACUCACCUUCCAUCAACUUAUGCACAAAUUGCUCGUAAUAUCAACGACAUUGGUCAUAUUCACUAUGCACAAGAAAAAUACAUUGAAGCUCGUGAAUACUAUGAACGAGCAUUAGAAAUCACAGAGACAUUCAAUGCAUCUGCUUAUGACGAUAUUGCUGUUCUACUCAGUAACAUUAGCCUUACACAUAAGUGGCAAGAAGAUUACUUUAAGGCACUCGAUUUUCGAAAUCGAUCACUUGAAAUACGAGAAACUCAUCUUUCAUCAAAUCAUCUACAAAUUGCCGAUGGUCUUAACGAGCUGGGUCAUAUCCUUCUAGCACAAACAGAAUACAACAAGGCCCUUAGUUCUUAUAAACGCGCAUUAGAAAUGAGAGAGACAUUCGAUCCAUCGGGAUAUGAAAACAUUGCUUGUCUACUCACUAGCAUUAGCGAUGUACUUAAGCAUCAAAAGAAAUUUGAUGAAGCACUCGAUUUUCAAAACCGAUCUCUUAAAAUACUCGAAAUUAACUGUCCGACAAGCCAUAUAUAUAUUGCAUCGAAUCUAAACAACAUGGGCAAUAUUCUUCGACAACAAGGAAAAUACGAUGAAGCAUUUGAUAACUAUCAAAAAGUAUUAGCAAUCUGUGAAGAGUUUUAUUCAUCUGAUUAUAAGAAUAUCCUUGUUUGUCUUGGUAAUAACGCUGAUGUACUUGAAGAUCAAGAAAAAUACAAUGAAGCAAUUCUCUAUCGUCAACGAACACUAGCGAUCAGACAAGAGCAUUGUUCAUCAGAUCAUGACGAAGUUGCAAAUAAUCUUACAAAAAUUGGUGAACUUCAUGUAAAUCUAAAAGAAUAUGAUAAAGCUCUCGAAGUCUAUCAACAAGCAUUGUCCAUCAGAGAACAAAUCUCUCAAUCUGAUCAAGUUGAGAAUGAUUAUAUUAUACAAUAUUUCAGUUUUAUUUUUUAUCGACCGACAAAGUAUAGUAAGAUCCUCGAUCUGGAGCAAAAAAUAUUGGAAAUAUAUGAGAUAUUGUAUCCCAAUGGUCAUGCUAGUACGAUUUCAUGUCUUAAUCGUAUUAUAAACAUUUUAAAUGAACAAAAAGAGUACGGUGAAGCGUCCGAAUUUCAACAGAAAGUACUGAAAGUUAGCUUGAAGUGCGGUCUAUGCAGUCAUAAAGAUGCCGGUAAAACUCUCAGUGAUAUAGCUAACAAGAUGUAUCUACAACGCAGAUAUGGUCAAGCCAUUGAAUGUUAUCAAGAAGCGUUGAUACACUAUGAAAAAGACGAACCAUCUGACUAUGCAGCCAUGAUCACUGCACUAGACAAAAUGAGUUUAAUUUUUAAACUACACCUAGAAUACGAUGAAGCUUUGGAUGCGCAACGUCGGACAUUACAAAUUCGGAACGAAAACAUACCAUUGGAUCAGUUGAUGAUUGCCAAAAAUCUUGAAGAAAUAGGUAACAUACUCUUUCAACAAGAAAAAUAUGAUGAUGCUCUUAAUUUUUAUCAACAAGCACUAACGAUAUUCGAAGAAAAUUGUCCCACAGAUCAUAUUGAAAUAGCUAAUUGUUUACAAGAGAUCGCUCUUGUUUGGAAUUCAAAGGCGGAUUAUGAUCGUGCUAUUGAAUAUUUUGAAAGAUGUCUGUGCAUCAGAGAAACAAGUUUAUCUUUGGAUGAUCCUGUGAUUACUGACACUUUACUGAAAUUAAGUCUAAUUCAAGAAAAGGGAAAUCAUCGAGAACUUUCAUUGGCAUAUGAAAUAAACUAUUGUUUGAUGCAUAUAAAGUUUCGACCAUUAGAUCAAAUAACUAUUGGUGAUAGUUUUUCUCGCAUUGGUCAACAUUACGAACAUCUCAAUGAACUCAAAUUAGCAAUCGAUUAUUAUAAACGAGCGUUGAGUGUAUUUCAAGAUUAUCUACCCGAAUGGCAUGAAAGACGAAUAAAUAUGGAACUCAAUAUAGAGCGACUCUCAAAAGAAACAACCAUAUGA